AUGUGGUUGUCCCUCAGCAGCAGGGAAAACUAUUUGAGUUUGGGUCAACAUUCAACUGCUGCGGCUUUGAAUGCACUUUCAUUUGAUCACAUGUCGAAUAGAGCAUUAAAGUCGAACGACAAGUCUCAACAUGAUCAUAUUCAUUCGAUAAAUCGAUUUCAUUGUUUUUCAUCGAAGCCUCAAACUUUCCUCUCUACUCUUGCGGCGAAGCCUAUAAUUUCAGAAAUUUAUGGAAAAAAAAGAGUCGCAAAAGGUGAAGAACUGACUGCGAGAGAUCACAACUCAACUUUAUGCAGCGGACGUCGUCACUUCACGAGUUUCACCUGA